AAAAAAAAGAGACCUAAAAAAGCAAACCCAGCCGAAAAACCCUCUGAACAAUCCAAUAAAGGCUUGCUUGGCCGCGAGUUGCGUAAUACAAAAGCGAAAAAGAAAAAAAAAAAAAAAAAACUCCAGCAUUUUCUUUUCCUUCAACCAACCCACCAUUUUCAUUCCACUUGGAUGGCGACUCAAGUCAGCUCAGAUGGAAAACCGGGACGUGUUGACAAGAGCCCCCAUAAACCGACCGUAACACAUGAUACCAACGGACUUACCACACCAGUGUCUCCGCCUUAUCCUCCAUAUGGCAGCGCCUACAUGGACUCUAAUCAACUUUCGUAUGAUCGUCAGCCACCUCCACCGCAUCAUCACCACCCUAACGCCCCAGCCGGCUUUGACUUGAGCGAUCCUAGUACUUAUACUUAUGUGUAUCCUCUCAGUCCCCAGUUCUCUAUUCAGUAUUAUCCGGAUUUUUCGGCAGGUUAUCAGAGCUACCCUGGUUCGCCCGCAAUACAUCCUCAAUCGCCGCCUGUCAAUCCGACCAGUCCGCCGUUCAGUCCUACGUUUCAAUAUCAGCAAGGUGGGAUCACAUUAUCACCACCAACUCAUGCCUAUGUUCUUCCCCAUCCUGCGGGUCACAACUUUCCGCCGUUGCAUAUUUCCUCACCUAUUCUAUCCGGCACCACCUCUAUUCCUGGGUCGCCUCCGCAUCAAUACAUCCAGCCUUUACCCGGUUCUUUCCAUGAUCGUUCAGGCUCGUAUCCUCCAUUCCAUGAUCCUCCCACGCAAUACCAUCCGCAAAAUAUUUACGUACGUGGACUCUCUUCUACGACCACCGAUGAAUCAUUCUUGGAAUUGUGUCAAGUAUAUGGAAAAAUUAUUUCGUCCAAAGCGAUUAUAGAUCAAAAGACGGGAGAAUGCAAAGGUUAUGGAUUCGCCAUGUAUGAACGAGAGGAAGAUUGUCAUCACGCUAUUGAUGGUCUGAACAAAACAGGUUUGCAAGCCUCUUUUGCCAAAGUUGGACAGGAAUCCUUCAGCUCUCGACUCAGAAGUUUGCAAGAUGAAACAUCCACUAAUAUUUACAUCUCCAAUUUGCCACUCAAUAUGAGUGAACAGAUGCUUGAAGAAUUAUUCCAACCAUUUCAAACUGUUUCAAAUCGCAUUUUACGCGAUCCACAAUCCGGUCUUAGUCGAGGUGUAGGAUUUGCCAGAAUGGCCGAUCGCCAGUCAGCUCUUGCUAUUAUUGAGCGAUUCAAUGGUCAUACGGUGGUUGGAUCUUCGGCUCCUUUGCAGGUCCGCUUCGCCGAUUCGGCAGCUCAGAAAAAAUUGAAGAAUCUCACAGCACGCAAACGGAUGGUGAGACCUCGUGAUUUUCAACCCAUGGCAAGUUUCUCAGCCAUGCCAAUGAUGCCAAUCACACCCGAGACGAUGCUGGGCAUCGCCCCUUCUCCCAUGCCAGCCGUCUAUCAAACGCUACCAUCUCAACCGUUGCCCGGUGUCUCUUACGCCCAAACACCUGCGUCCAUGGCCAAGGCGGCUGAUUUACCUGAAUCUUCUACCACUGGCACCAUGGACGAUUUAACUAACGAAUUACAGCAAAUGCAUGUAUCUUCCUCCGCUGGCAACGACGUCGAUACGACAUCGUCGAAAUGAUAAAAAAAAAGGAACCCCUCCUUGAAGAAAGAAGAAGAAGAAACCAGUGUCAUUUUUGAAUUAUUUUUUUCACAUCUUUAUUUCUUACUCUUCUUCUCAUGAAUUACUUUUUUUUUCGUUUUGCUUUGUUUUGUUUGUUGAGACAUUAUACAUACGACACAUUUGACUCAACCCACUCACGUGAAUUUUGGAUCUCUCUGGCGAGUUUUGGGCAAUUAACCUUGUAUUUUUAUUCAUUCAAUUGUGCCUGGAGAUUUGUUAUUGAAGAGAUGAAUAGAAAACAGUAGAAAAACCACACAACUAGUCAACCAGAAAGAUUUAUAAACAUGACCAAAGUUUACCAAACCCGACC